AUGCCGAGCUAUGCAAAGUUCCUCAAGGAGAUCUUAUCGAACAAAAGGAAGCUAGAUGAUGAGGAAAUGGUGAUGCUAACAGAGGAGUGUAGUGCCAUCCUCCAGAAGAAAUUACCUCCAAAGCUCAAAGAUCCAGGGAGUUUUACUAUUCCUUGUAUUAUAGGAAAUAUUACAUUUGAUCGUGUUUUGUGUGAUCUAGGAGCUAGUAUUAAUUUGAUGCCCUUUUCUGUUUUCAGGAGAUUGGGAAUUGGUGAGGUGAAGCCAACGACCAUGUCGUUGCAACUAACGGAUAGAUCAAUACAACAUCUGAGGGCGAUAGUAGAGGAUGUGUUGGUGAAGGUGGGGAAGAUAAUUUUUCCAGCAGAUUUUGUGGUGUUGGACAUGGAAGAGGAUAAGGAAAUUCCUCUGUUUCCCGCUGAAACGGAUUCAUGUUUUAGUGUAGAUGUGGUGGACAAAUUGGUUGAGGAAUCCAUGGAAGAAAACACCCCACAGUUACCUCUAGAAGUUUGUAUAGCUAAAUCAAAAACAAUAGAGGUAGAAGAGUCAGAGAGGAAUGAUUGUGCUAGGAUGUGCAAAGGUGAUCGUCUACACGUACCAUUUAGCACUCCAGCACCUAUUGGUAAAACAAGAAGCAAAACCUCGGCUGAUAAGAUGGAUAUUACUACUAUAGGAGUUCGAGUUGGAAAUUCGAGAUAA